AUGGCCACGCCCAAGACGCCGACGCCAACGCAGCUCGUGGCGCGCAGCAAGCGCUUCUUCUACGGCGCUACAGCCGCCGUAAGUGGCACGUUCCGAGCACUGGCCGACGAAGAUGUGCGCGUUGUAUUCUGGAGGAGCAUGAAGGUGCUGCUGAUCAUGGCCGCCGUGUUGUCUGUAGUGCUGCACGUGCUACUGCUGCCCAUCGAGUGGAUCAGCAUGAUUUUUCUGAGCCCUGAGACGGUGGACGCCACCGUGCGCGCCUUCCGCUAUGCUGCUGCAUCCACGGUCCCAUUUCUGCUCGUCAGCGUGUGCCGAUACUUUAGCGUCAGUAUGUUCGAGAAUGCAUUCUUCGCUGGGCUCGCCACGCGUGACACCGAACUCGUCAAGGUGAUCAGAAAGAGAAAAGCAAUCUACUGGGACUGGGAGUACGUCCGACACUUGAUGCGCUUUGGGCUGCGCCAGCUUGGCUUCGGCCUCGUGGCUUUGGUGGCGAAACCUCUUUUGGGUGUAUUGAUCCCCGUUGCGCAGUUUGGAUACCGCAUUCGACACAUGGAGCCGGCUUUUCUUGUGCCUCUCUUUGUGGCCUUUGUUUUUCCGGCAACGCGCGAGGCAGCGCUGCAACUUGUCCACAUGUGGCUGGACUCACGGGCCAUGAUCCGCGAACUUUAUGACCCCAUCAUCGCUCGUCUAAAAUCUGCUGCAAAGGACGGCGACCCCAAUGUUAGCACCGAUCUGCUCACCGACAUGGAGAUCGACAGUGAGAAGUACGAUAGUCGUGCAGAGAAGCGGGAUUGGCGUCAGACCGGAAGUGACGCCGCACGACUGGGCUUCGGACUCGUCUUUUGCUACAUGCUCCAGGUCCCUUUUCUUGGGCCAUUCACCUGGUUUGUUGGUUUUGCGUCUGCUGGCCUGUUCGCCCCCGAGCUGGUGGAUUUGACCGCUUUUGGAAACGUGAACAAGAAAAUGAAGUAG